GGUUUUGUUUUCCUUUCCCCCUUCUUUUUCUGUGAACAUAAAUUAGCGACUGAUUGGCUGCUUUAUUUCAUUUUGUUUAUUGAAUUAAUUUAUUUUUUUUUCUAAAUUCCCAACGACAGCCGCAGACACCCCGCCAUCGUCUCUGACUCCGAUCACCAGCUGCAGCGACGCAGAAAUGACGACCGCGAGCUUUUAGUUAUUGUUCAAUCAUUCGCCCACGGAGUUUGUCUUUGGCUCCCGCUGCCACGUGGAAAUCACAGUGAUUUCAUCUCCAUCUGUUUCUCGGUCUCAUCGCGUGGAGCUGGAGGCCCGCAGAGCCUCCCUGCCAACUCGCGUAAAGAAGAACAGAGGAGGCGAAAGUGGCGCUAGGGGGUUGCAGGGAAAGUUGUCUUUAAAUAUCAACAUGUGUUUUUUUUAGUCAAAAACAAAAAAAAAGUAGAAAGAAGCAAAGGAAGCAAAGCUCCAGCGUGGGUCAGUGCAGCCACUGGUGUGAUGGUGGGAGGAGGGCCCCCAAGUUGCACCAAGUGGUGGUUUGAGUCUUUUAGGCUAAUCUGCUCUAAAUUUAGGUCACUGCACCUAAAACAAGGAACCUGCUCCGCUGCGCUUCGCGUUGGAUUUCUGACCCCGGCUCAGAACAAUUGCGAAAUUAACAAUAGGUGUCAGUGUGGGAACAUGGGCCAACAGGUGCAGCUUCAAACGAGAGACAGAGAGCCUGAAGGAGAUGAUGGUAUUUAUCCAUGAAAGGCUCCCCCCUCUGGGGAGUGGAGCUGCAAUGUAAAAAAACAAACAACAACAACAAAAAAGCCCUUCUGCAGAUCCUCUGCCCCAUUAAGCCGAGCUCAUUUAGAUCAUUUAGUCCGGAGAAAUCCAAACCGUGGAAGGAGAGCAGCUUGAGUUGGCUUCGGUGUGAACAGAGAGGGCCGCUGCUGCUGCUGCUGUUGCUCCUGCUGCUGCUGCUGUCCAUGACGAGGAAUGUUAAAAUGUGUUAGACCGGCCAAAUCCAGCUCAUCUGCCGAGCAGAACACGAGUCACGCACGUCAGGCCCGCUGCGCCCGAGUGUGGACAGGUCCUCAUCUGUUUAGCAGGCUCGAUGACAUGAUGGUCCGACCCUCUUCCCUUCCCCCCUCCAUCUCCCUCAUUCCUGUUCUCCUCCGACUCGUCCUCCUCCCUCCGUCUCUCAUCUCCUCUUCCUUCUCCAACGCCCCGCUGAGCUGGACCUCGCCUCACGAGCCCUGCUAUCACCCAGAUGGCCGUCCUCGACACUGCCUGUCGGAGUUCAUCAAUGCCGCGUACGGAGUCCAAGUCGAUGUCACCCACUCCCUACAUGGGCCCGAUAACACCCCCAACAUCACCACCCUAACGGACCUGCACAACCCGCACAACCUGACCUGCUGGAGGGCUCGCGCAGGAGCCGACUCUGGCGACUGGGUCUUCACUUUACCUCUGGGCCGCCGCUUUGAGAUCACCUACAUCAGCCUGCAGUUCUGCAGCCAAGGACAGCCGUCUGACCCCAUGUCCAUCUCCAUCCUUAAGUCCAUGGACCACGGGCGUACCUGGCGGCCAAUGCAGCACUACUCCAGCAACUGUCUGGAGGACUUCAAACAACCCUCAUUGACCAUCGCCCGAACGAGACACCAAGAGACAGAGCCGCUCUGUUCGGACCCCCGGCCCCUGCAGAGGCAGCGGGGAAGCACAGUCCUCGCCUUCUCCACUCUGGAUGGUCGCCCGUCUUCUCCUGAUUUUGAUUACAGCCCCACCCUCCAGGACUGGGUCACGGCCACGGACAUCCGGGUUGUCUUCCACAGAACUUCCAACAAUGUCAAGGCUACGGAAAAAAUGGAGGAAACCCAGUGGCGUGACGGCCUCCAUGACACCAAACGAACUGGGAUUCUCAAGUGGAGAUUGGAUACAAAGAGUGACACUGGAGAUCAGGUGGACAAAUUAAGAGACAAUACACUGGCUUUUUUUGACAAGGCCAAAAGAAAAAACUCGGAGAUCAGUAGGAGGAAUAAAGAGGAGUGGAUAGACAAGCAGCGUCGGAAGGACCAUCGCAAAGGUUCUGGUCACGGCCAAGAUGGCCACAAUGUGACCAGCAAGGAAGGAGAAGACGCUUUUGGCACCAGCGACUUUCUCGCUUCGCCAAAGAAAGGUGGCAAAACCAGAAAGCGAAAUCGCAACAAGGAAGACAAUUUUUGGGUCCCUUGCUCAAACGGAGACUGCACUUGGACGGUCGAAGGGCGGAGCAGGACGAACGGUGGCCGGGAACUGAGGAAGAGGAGGAACAACAACCCCAACACAAAACAGAACUUGAGGACUUCCCAGCCCUCUGGCUUGAUACUUCCUGUCCGAGCUCCUCUGGCCAUUUCCGACCUGCAAGUCGGAGGGAGGUGCAAAUGCAACGGACACGCUUCCAGGUGUCGCCGUGACGACGCAGGUCAGGCAGUGUGUGUCUGCGAGCAUCACACGGCGGGCCCAGACUGUGACAUGUGUGAGGAUUUCUAUGUUGAUAGGCCGUGGCAUCGCGCGACACCCACUCACCCAAACCCCUGCGUUGCCUGUGAGUGUAAUGGCCACUCAAACAAAUGCCGCUUCAGCAUGGAGGUGUUCCAGCAGUCGGGCAGGAAGAGCGGAGGCGUGUGCCUGAAGUGUCGCCACCACACGGCCGGGCGCCACUGCCAGUACUGCCAGAACGGCUUCACCCGCGACACCAGCAAGCCGCUCGACCACCGCAAGGCCUGCCAACCAUGCCAGUGCCAUCCUCUGGGAGCCGUGGGCCGCUGGUGCAACCAAACGUCGGGUCAGUGUCUGUGUCGAGAAGGAGUGACCGGCCUCAGGUGUAACCGCUGCGCUCUGGGAUACAAGCAGGGCAAGUCCCCUCUGCGGCCCUGCAUACGCAUUCAGGAGGCCGCUCCAACCCCGGUGUACCAACCUCAGUACAGCAUCGCGGAGGAGUGUGUGUCCUACUGCCAGCCCUCUGAGGUCAAAGUCAGGAUGAACCUGGAGACGUAUUGUCUCAAGGACUACGUGCUGAAGGUGCAGGUGAGAGGGAUGGAGCGUUCAGGACCGUGGUGGCAGUUCUCCAUCGCUGUACAAACCGUCUUCCGGACAGGCUCUAAGUCCCGUGUCCGGAGGGGCUCCCAGUCCCUCUGGGUUCCCGACCGCGACCUCAGCUGCGGUUGCCCCGCCCUCCACGUGGGCCGGACAUUCCUCCUCAUCGGCGCAGAGGAAGGGGAGCGGAGUUGGGCUCCGGAAGAGAGUCGCCUGGUGGCGGACCGCUCCACACUGGCCCUCCAGUGGCGGGAACACUGGAGCCCCAAGCUCAGGGGCUUCCGGGGGCAGGACAAGAGGGGCCGCUGCCCCCAAAAAUCCCCAAACGCCCACCGCCCCCGGAGCAGGGAGCACGCAAAGACACAUUCUGCAUACAUCCCCCCUCACCUGCUGACGGAGAAGGACCCCAGCCCUCAUUUUGACAAAACUGUGAACUUGGAUGAGGCUCCGAGCAGCACAGAGAGAGACAUGGCGCCCACAGAGACAGCACCCUCUUCUCCCACCAUCGCUCUGGUGUGUUCCACUCAAAACCCCCGAGUAAAAUAAAAAUUACAACUACAAAAAUAUAUAUAUAUAUUUAAAGACAGGUGUUCUUGUCAUUUUGAAGGUUUUAGUAGAAAAAAAACAUCUGGAUUAGCUUUUAGCUGCUAAUCACAGGAGAAAGCGUCACUCUCAUCCUGCAGAGAAUUACUAAAUUUAAUUGAUGACAAAAGUAUCCCACCAGCAAGAAUGGUGCUAUAUUAGAUUUUUUUUUUACCCCAUUAAAAAAAAAUAAACACUGAAAAGUUAUGCUGUAUAUUUUUCUCGUAUUUUCACUGUUUAUAGUCAGAAUGUUUUAUUUAUUUCCAUUAGAGAAAAACUUUGGUGAAUUUCUUCAUGGGGGAUCACAGUGUUUCUUAUUGGAAGACUUUACUCAAAUAGGCUGAAAAAUAAUCUGGGUCAAACUGUUUGCAAUAUGACAUAAGGCUUUUUAUAUUGUAAAACAACAACAAAAAAAAAUCUUAACAUUUUGUUUGAAUGACUUAAAAAAAGUUCAAUAAUAAAACAUCUGCUAUGAACUAAAAAUUGUAGAUUUUUUCCAUGAUUUCAUCUUGUUUAGAGCAAAACUCCCUCACGCCUGCAGUCACAGCUGCAGCAGAGCAAACAGGCUUCGUCCUCGGUUUGUUUCCUCACUCAAUAGACGAAAACAUUCACCAAACUAACUCCAGCUUUCUACACUAAUCCGCCCACAGAUCCCAAAAACAUCCGUCUGACUUGUCGAUACGACUUCUGCUCCCAUUUGGCACAUAUGGCGUCAUGGCUCUUGGGAGCUGGUGGUGGGGGGGCAUCAGGACAGAUGGAGGGGCUCCGAUUUGUCGAGCAGCGGCCAUGUUUUGGCAGCAGCGGUGGCCGGGCUGCCAUGUUGACGCUUGUGAUUGAAAAUAAAGAGAGAAAAAUAGACUUGCUGAUUGAAGACCUUGGGGCAGAGAACACAAUACGCCCCGGGGGAUUUUUAUUUUUAUUUUUCUUUGUGCUUGGAGACCCACAUGUCCCUAAACUCAGCUGGCACCGCGUCUUUCAAUUACAUUAAAUGGUAU